AUGUACGUAUUGUCAUCUUACGAUUAUCGCCAGAGCAACAAGCCCUUCUCUCAUUCUCCUUCAAAGAUGAAAUUCGUGCUACUCUUCGUGAUGUACGUCCUCUCCGUCAGCACUCACCAAUAUCUUCAUCACACCCCAGCAGGACUGGUUUGGUUGUCGCCUUACAUGUCGAAACAGGAGCCCGUUCUUCACAAUUACCAGCAGAUGUUCUACAAGCCUGUAGAUUCCGACAUCCCAUACUUCCGUUACUCAAACCCUCUGCAUCCACCCGUCAUCUAUCAGCAACAGAAGGACGAGCAAUUCGAAUACGCUGACGUGGAUCACGAUGACAUGAACGAAGUGUUUGCGGACAGCCAGUCACGAAGCAAAGGGUCGCAAUUAGCGGAGAAAUUGAACCCUCGGUUCUUCUUCGGCACGGCGACCACGAUCAGAAAUCCAUUCAUCAAAACGGCAACGUUCACUUUGUUCACGACCAUCUCUUUGAGCAGCGUCGUCAGUUGCAUCGUCGCCGGUGAUUUCGUUGACGCGGCCGCCCAGGCCAAACGCUGCCGUCGUAAACGCUACCUCCUCGAUCAAUGGGAUAAAACAAACGAACAACAUUUCAUCUCUCCAUCUGAACCUCAAAAAUUCACGGCCACGGCAGUUCCUUACCCGUCCGAGUUAAUGCGUGACCAACGUCAAUUGCCCAUUUUUCAGGGGACAUCGUUGUGGAAUAAUGACAUUAUCCAAUCGACGAAAGAUGAGGAUGACGUCGGCUAUUUGACGCCGACGGAGAAGCGCAAAGAGCAGCGAUUCAUUUUCGAAAAUUCCCAUUACGUGGCGUCGACGACGGUGACAUCUUACAAUUUCGUCUCGACCACCGUGACCAAAACGGUAGACGUGGCCAUCGAUGUCGGACUUAAUUGCGUUCCAACCGGCUACGUGGUUUGCUAGAACAUUCUUUUAGCCACAUCAUUUUUUUUGUUC